UGGCGGGGCGGGCCGAGAGCGCCCAUUGGCCGCGCCGGACGGGGCCAGGCCCCUCCUACCUGGCCUGUCCACGCCCUUCGGUCCUGUUCCGCUCACUGCCCUGGCCCUGCGGGCUUCUGCUUUGGGUCCCGCGCAUCCCGCUCGCCUUCUUUGGGAGGGUCGCUGUGCAACGGGAUCCCCUGGGGAGGGCCCAGGCUGAGGAAGCUGGGGAACGGUUCCCCUCCUCGCCGGGAGUGCCCCUCUCGCCCCUCUCCAUGACGCGGUCUGAGCGGGGGAGGCUGUGUAUCGGGGUGCCGACCUCACCCUGCGCCAGACUGUGGCAUUUGAAGCCUGGCGGAAUGUUGCAGUGGCAACUCACGUGACUGAUGCUCAUCCGUGGUUCUUGCAGGUCCAGAAUCUCAUGGGGCUGUGGAAAGAACAGAGGUCAGGAAAUCACACAGGCGGUGCUGUGAGAUCCAAUUUUUUGUGGGCGAUAAGUGGCUCAGAGGGAAGUGGAGCAUCUACUCUGCAUGCUUGUUGCAUCCCUGAGCUGGAACAAGACAUUCCCAGCAACUGCCAAGGUGUGGCAAGGAAGUGUCCUAGCCUUGCCAUCCAGAGCUGCAGAAACUGAUGUACAUUACAGGACACCGUGACCAUUUUGUACUGGAAAACAGAGAUGGGUAUUCUUGCUGUACUUGCUCUACCAUUGCUUCUCUUAGGGAUCAGUGGAAUUAUUUAUAUUUACCAGUCAGUCAGGUGGCUAUUGUCCAAGUCAGCGGUGCAAAACAAGGUGGUGGUGAUUACGGAUGCCAUUUCUGGACUAGGCAAGGAAUGUUCUCGUGUGUUUCACACAGGAGGAGCAAGGCUUGUGUUGUGUGGCAGGACAUGGGAAAAGUUAGAAGCCUUGUAUGAUGCCUUAAUUAGCGUGACAGACCCCAGUAUGACAUAUGCGCCAAAGCUCAUACUUCUGGAUAUCUCAGACAUAAACUGCAUUCGAGAUGUAGCUAAGGAAAUCCUGAAUUGCUAUGGCUGUGUGGAUAUACUAAUCAACAAUGCAAGUAUGAAGGUGAAAGGAGCAGUGCAGAGCAUUUCAUUGGAACUUGAUAAAAAGAUAAUGGAUGCCAACUAUUUUGGACCUAUAACAUUAACCAAAGCCAUUCUUCCCAACAUGAUCUCAAGAAGAACUGGCCAAAUUGUUCUAAUUAAUAGCAUUCAAGGGAAAAUAGGAAUCCCAUUUCGUGCAGCCUAUGCUGCCUCCAAGCAUGCUGCUGUAGGUUUUUUUGAUUGUCUUAGAGCUGAAAUGGAAGAAUUUGAUAUUUCUGUCAGCACUGUGAAUCCAACUUUCAUCUGUUCGUACCAUCGCCAACCAGCACCUGGCAACUGGGAGGCAUCUAUUUGGAAAUUCUUUUUCAGGAAGGUGGCAUAUGGUGUACACCCAGUGGAGGUAGCAGAGGAAGUCUUGCGCACAGUGAGCAGGAAGAAGCGGGAGGUGCUUAUGGCCAACCCUAUCCCCAGGGCAGCAGUUUACAUUCGAACCUUCUUCCCUGAGCUGUUUUUUGCCAUUGUUGCCUCAGGUAUUAGGGAAAAGCUAAAGACAGAGGAGGAAAAUUGAUUUUGUUCAGUUAUUUUCUCUGGUUUUGACUUGAAAAAAAAAGUUUUUGUUUCCAAUGUCAAUGAUUUCUGCUGCUUGCCGUGGAUAGAAUAAAGCUACUACCACUGACACACAUUCAUCCAUGGAACUUCUGCUCUUCUGGAUUUAGGGAAUAUGAGAUGUCAUUUUUUACAUUAGAACAGUAUGGGGAAAGCCCUACUAGGGACUCUGUCACUGUAUAAUACAGUGAUUCCCAAUAUAAAUCAAAAUUUGGGGACCUGCAGUAACUCACCAGAAUAGUCUGCUAGUGCUAGAACUGAUGGAACUUACAGGAAAAAAGAGAUGGGGAAGUAGGGAUAUGUGGGAGAGAGAGGAGUAAAAACCAAUGGAGAACAGAGUUAGAGCCUGGCUCAGAGUGUUCCUCAGACAUGCUUUUUGGAAGUUCUAACAGGAUAUGCAAAUGGCAAACCCAAUAGGGGCUUAUCUAGUUCAAUAUCUCAUCCACAACAGGAUCCUGGAGUACAUGCUUAAAAAAUAGAGCAGUCUUCCAGGUCCUGGCAUUCUGCUUCACAGUUUGAAACACUCUGUCUCUGCAUUUUUUUAAAAACUAUCAUUUUUUUCACACAAACCUUUCAAAUCCUUAUUUCCCUGAGGAAAUGAACUAGUCAUAUAUAAAAAAAGGCUGCCUUACGUUUACUUUAAAGCUGAUGUCAGGUAAUAUUCUCCUACUUCUUUUAGUGUGAGAGACACAAAAUAAUAGUACUCAAAUCAUUCAAGCCCAAUCAUUCAUGCCCAUCAUACAUUCCAUGCAGUUGCCUGUUUUCCAAAUUGGAGAGCCCUGUAAACUAUUCACUCUCUCUUUGCGAGAAGUCCAGAUUAUCCUUGUUUAUAAUUUUUGGCUUACUGCUUGUUUUUUGUUUUUGUUUUUGUUUUUUUUUAAGAUGGGCAGCCCACAGCUGCAUGCAGCAUUCAAAAUAGAUAAACAAUCUGGAUUCACAGACAAGCAUACAGAUGCUUCCUGGGUUUUUCACUUCUUUUCUUCUUUUGCAUGUCUUAUGCAAAUUCCCUCUUUUGAGACAUUUUUCUGACUUUUUUGACUGCUCCUGAUCAUUGAGUUUCCUUGUCCACUCUGCCAUAUAUCGUAAUUAAUCAUCAUGUCCAACAUAAACACGGUCAUUGUUCAUGUCAAUUGUCUAAAUUCCAUAUAUUCCAAAAAUUCUCUCACUCCUAGUCAUUCUAUGCUCCUCUCCCCAUCACAUUUUCCCAGUUUACGCUGAGGCCUUGCUCUGCCUUUUUAUCUCAUCCUGGGGGCUGAACCAGAAAAUAAACAAAGCUAAUGAAAGGGUGUCCUGAUCUUCAGUUUUACAUCUAAGGGCUUAAAUUCUGUUUCCCAAACCCUCCCCCACCCUUUCUUGUGCCAUCAGUACUCAAAGAGGUCAUGACCGCUUGCAUUUUGUCCUGUCAAAAUGCCUUGUUUGCAGAAUACCUACAAAGGAAAUACCUGCUCUGGAGGCAUGGAACCAAACUGCUCUUGCUGCUACAAGUCCCAUUGCUCAUGUAACUUUCAACAGCAGAUCACUUAUAUACCUCAUUCAUCAGCAGAGUCUCCAAACAUGAACGGAAUUCUGAGGGCAAGGAAAUAUAUGACUAUCAUCUUGCAGGGACAUUAACUUUUUUGCUGUAUCUGUAAUUCAAUUACUUGGACUUCAAGAAACCUGACUCAGGGAGGUAGUUGACCACAGGGGAGAAGUUCCUGCAGUACCUGUUGGAGCUCCAUCUAUUUUCUGUUGUAGCACUGGGGUUUUAUUGUUGUGUGAGUGACUAUACCUUAACUGGGAAGUCAAACAAUGACUUUGUUCAAAAUUUUCUAGCUCCUCACCAGAACUCUACUCCUUCAAACAAAUGGGCAUUUGCUGUGAUCUCAGUUUUACCUGUGUCUGUACCUCAGCAAAAGCCAAGCCCUUCAUAAUUCCACAAAACCCAAAUGUAGUAUAACUGGGUAAUUUAGUCAGAAAAGGAUCAGGAAUCGUAGGACAUCACUGCUAAACAUGAAUCAACAUUUUUUGUAGCUGCCCCAUCCCUGGAAGGCCAGGUUGGGGUGUCCCUGGCCAUGUCAGGGAUUGGAACAAGAUGGUCCCUUCCAACCCUAACAAUUCUCUGAUUUCCUUGAUUUCUACUAUUUUAUUGCUUUGUUGUAAAAACAAGUGGAUUACAUGUUAAAAUAAGCUGAAUAAUUCUUCUGCUCCAUUUUGCAUGUUCUAGAUAUCAGCAGAAAUUUUUCAUGCAACUUCAUUUCAAAAAUGUGAACAGUUCAAGGAGCCACAGUAAAUAGCAAUGAGAGUGACAAAGGUAAAAUAACACCUGUGACCCAUCAAGAAAUUUUUGAAGAACAGAUGUGUUUUAAUCUAGAAAGUAGAAGAAAGAUAUAUCUUAACAGUUUUCAAAUUCCUAAAACGUACUGCCAAGAAGAUAGAAUUAAACAUUUUGCUCGAGUAGGACAAUGUGCUAAAAUUGCUGCAAAGGAGAUUUACAGGGACAGAAUUUUCUGCUAAGAAUAGUUAAGCACAAAGGAUAAAUUGCCAAAGAAAUUUUCAAAUGCCUGUCUUUGCAAGCUUUAAAGAAGAGAUUAAUGAAACAUCUGUAAAAAACCAAUGUAGCUUUAGUUUAUCCUGCCUAAAGGAAAAGAAGGAUUAGAUGACCUUUUAAACAGGUCACACUUUUCUCUUAUUUGAUGUUUUUUUCUCAUCUUGAGAACAAUGUUUCUCCACUGGUAUUUCAGAAGCAGUAUUUUUUUUUUCCUCUGGGGAAAUAAAUUAUUUAAUUUGAA